AUGCCAUACCUCUUCGGCGGGCUGGCGGCCAUGCUGGGGCUCAUCGCGCUGUCGCUCCUGGCGCUGGCCUGCUCCUACUGGACGCUGUCCGGCAGCCUCCUGGCCUCCGCGGGGGAGCCAGACGACGACCUGGAACGCCGGCCCGGCGACGGGAAGGCCGCGGCGGCCGCCGGGGAGCGUUGGCGGGAGCACGUGGUGGUCAUCAUGGCCGGCGACGAGAGGCCCACGUUCCUCGCCACGCCGGCGUCGGGCCGGGGCGCCCCGGACGACGCCCGUGGUGUCGUCGUCAGCGUGGGCUGCGGUGGCGGCGGCGGCUCCGGCUCUGAGGACGGCGAAGAAGGGAGAAAUGAGGCUGGAAGUGGAGCUGUGAUUCGAUCAAAGAGUUGGAGCAAAGAAUUGAACCGAGAAACGCAUGCAACGGAAAGAGCAGGAAACGACAUGGGUAAACUUGAGGGGAAACUGUUCAGUUGCAGCGUGGAUCCAUCGAAGUUCCCAAAGAGAGACAGUGGCCAGUGGCCACGCAAACAGAAACAGGCAGACCGUUUGGCUCGCUCGUCGCCACGGCCCACGGAUAGAGCUGGACAGCUUGCAGAUGGAGAUGGACAGGGGUAA